AUGCAUUGUAACUUAAUCAUCUACGACUCAAUAUCCAAGUCGGCCAUAAAGCACGACGGAUUUAAAAUCAUUAAAAGCGUAGAGCCUCCUGCAGAGUACAAUAUCAGCACCCUUCACCUCGAUCGCUUUCUUCUCAAAGAGCUUACGGGGCUGAUUUUUCUUUUAAAGGACCAUAUCGCCUUCCUCUCGCUGAGAAAGCGUGUCUCUCAAAUUACACCCAACAUGAGUGUCCGGUAUAUGAUGCAAGUAGCCAUUCCGACGCUGGAAAAUCGGCUGACGGCUUUCAAUCAGUAUGCAUUAUCUUUGGAGCGUCGCAUUUAG